AUGCCUCGCACAGUGCUGCUUGUUGGUGCCAAUCGCGGUAUUGGUUUCAAUCUGGCGCACGCACUAGCCUCGCGAGAUUGGAACGUCAUCGCAACGGUGCGGCCCCAGACCAGAUCUUCAGACGACCCCUCCUUUAAAGAGAUAGAGGCAGUGGCGUCGCAGAUCCUAGAAAUUGAUCUUGCCAGGGAGCAAACCAUAGCCGAUGCUGCCCAGCGUUUUGGUGAUGGACCGCUCGACAUGCUUGUCAAUAUCGCUGGCAUACAGGCUCUCAUUCUCUUCGCCCAGGGACCAUUCCUCACCGCAAAAUACUUCCACCCCAAUCUCAAACUGGCUCGGGGUAAACUGAUCGAUAUCUCGUCCAAUGCUGGCUCUAUCACAAUGUGCAAGGGCGAGGAUCUUGCCUACCGUAUGUCCAAAGCGGCGCUGAAUAUGUUAACCGUCACUCUAGCGAAGGAAUAUCAGAUGAACGAUGACAAUGUUACAGCCAUAGCGUUAAAUCCGGGAUAUGUCGCCACAAGACUCACUAAUUUCAGAUCGCGAGAUAAGAUGGAAGAGUGCAUCGCUGGUAUGGUCAAGGUCAUGGAGUCGGUAGAUAUGAAGGACUCCGGUUCGUUUCUAGACUGGCGAGGAGAGACUCUGCCUUGGUGA